UAAUAAAUCAUGAAAAUCGAAUACAUAAGAAAAUGAGAACAUUUUUGGAUGACUGUAGCUAGUUGACGAGCUUAUAAACUUUGUGUUGUGUGUUGGCAAGUUAGGAGCUCUUCAACACUCCCUGUGUCAGCUUAGAACAAAAAAAAUACAAAGUCAGAGAAUAUGUGGUCAAUAUUUUCCCGGGAUCCAACCAGUUCCUUCCCUUAUGAGUUAGGAGAAGAAGUUAGAUGUGAAGAUAACCGGACAGUGUGGAAACUCCAUCGAGGCAAGAAAAAGCAAAAUGGAGAAGAAGUAAGUCUCUUCUUGUGUGAUAUAAAAGAUGGAAAUUCAGCAUAUUUGGACGUGGCGAAGGCUGCCGUUAAGAAACUUAAAACUCUCCGCCACCCUUGCAUCCUUACGUAUAUUGAUAGUUUAGAGAGUGACAAGUUGGUGUACCUGGUAACUGAGUCUGUAACUCCUUUAUUAACAUGGCUGAGUGAUGACUCCCUCUCUCCGGCACAUCGCACAACUGCUGUGUCCUGGGGACUGCUUCAGGUCACUAAAGGACUAAGUUUCUUAAACAAUGAUGGAAAUUUGAUCCACUACAAUGUAUGUGCAAGUAGUGUGUUUGUUACACGUGGUGGAGAAUGGAAGUUAGGGGGUGUGGAGUACUCCAGCAGUGAUUCAUCCACAUUCCCUGUCAAAAUUAUCACAAAAUUAGACACCUAUAAUCCACCCGAAAAAAAUGACCCAUCAAAAAUGCGCAAAUCAAGUAAAUGGGCAGCAGACGUGUGGGGACUUGGAUGUCUGAUCUGGGAAGUAUUUAAUGGGUAUCUCGACCAGUCUAUGUCUCUCAGAAAUACCACUAAGAUCCCCAAGUCAUUAGUGUCAACAUACACACGACUGGUUGGGGCAAACCCCACUGCCCGACCAAAUCCACAAGUUGUAGUGAAUAAUCUUCGUCAACAAGGAAAUUUCUUCAAUAAUGAUCUUAUCGAAACUCUCUUGUUUUUGGAAGAAAUUCAAAUCAAGGAUGCUAGUGAGAAGCACAGAUUCUUCUCAGAUUUAACACCAAAGCUUGACAACAUCCCUGACUAUGUGGCCAAGAACAAGGUUUUGCCCGCUCUUUUGGCUGCUCACGAGUUCUCCAAUGUGGGAUCUGUUGUACUUAAUCCCCUCUUUAAGAUAGGCAAGUUGCUCGGAGAUUCGGAGUAUCAGCAGUAUAUUCUCCCAUGUGUUGUGAAGCUCUUCUCCUCAAGUGAUCGUGCUACUCGACUCAAACUCUUACAGCAGAUGGACUCACUUGUAGAGCACAUGAACCAGUCAACAGUUAAUGACCAAGUCUUUCCUCAAUUAGCUACGGGAUUCUUAGACACCAACCCCACCAUACGGGAACACACAGUUAAGUCAAUAUUGUUUCUCGCACCAAAGCUCAACUAUAAUAAUCUUAACGUGGAAGUUUUGAAGCACUUUGCCCGUCUCCAGUCAAAGGAUGAUCAAGGAGGGAUCCGAACCAACACCACUGUUUGCCUUGGAAAGAUAGCAAACUACCUUCACCCAGAUGUGAGACAAAAAUGUUUAACCUCAGCAUUUACCCGAGCCAUGAGAGAUCCAUUUCCUCCAGCACGCACAGCUGGUGUAAUGGCCAUAGCAGCUACACAGCAGUAUUACCCAUUACAGGAAGUUGUUUCAAAACUCCUCCCAAAUCUUUGCCAAAUAACAUUGGACCCAGAAAAGUCUGUUCGAGACUCUGUUUUCCGUGUCGUAAAAGGAUUCCUCAGCAAAUUAGAAAAGGUUUCAGAUGACCCAUCACUGAAAGAACAAUUGGAGACUGAAGUGAGGAGCUUCAAUUCAGGUAAUUCACAGCCUACAACUUGGGCCGGCUGGGCUGUAGGGGCUAUCACAUCAAAAUUCUAUAAGAGUUCUUUAAGUGCAAAUACUCAGCAACAACCUCAGAAACAACAAAAGCCAUCCACCUCAUCCUCUGGUACCAUUACGCCCUCCACUAAGUCCAGUAGCUUAGCUUCCACACCUUCUCAGGACCAUAGCCGAUCCACUAGCAGAACUGCAACCAAACCAGCCAAUGACAAUGAUGAAUCAGAAUAUGAAGACUGGGAGAAUUCAAAGUGGAAACCUGUGGGGAACUUACCAGAGAUAAAAAAGAAUGUUUCAGAGCCUGUUAGUGUAUCUUCUGCCUUGGCAGCUGCUGAUGAUGAUCUGGAUGGUGAAGAUGGGUGGGGAGAAGAUGAAGAGUGGGGCAGCUUAGAGGAUGGGCUUGGUGGGGGUGUUGAAGACAACAAACUUGAACUUGCAGCUAACACAAGUAGUAAACCACCAUGGUCUGGCAGCUUGGGAUCCACAGCUCCAGAAGACAGUGAUGAUUUUUUCAAUUCUGUUAUUAGUAAUCAGGGUACAUCAAAAGCAGUAAGCCGCACCUCCUCACAAGUAGUGUCUCCCAGCAAGAGUUCAGUUGGGGGCUGGGAUGAGUGGGAUGACCAGCAAUCUUCAGAGGUUACCAUUAGUAGUAGCAAAGCAGAUGAGCAGCGUAGACAACGGGAAGAAAAAAAGCUACAAAGGCAGAAAGACAUUGAGGCAAAACGAGCAGCUCGUGCUGGCCCUAUGAAACUAGGAGCUAAGAAACUCUGAAAAACAGUUGGAAUAAAUUAUCUCCAGCCAGUUGUUCUGCUUGAUAGUAAGUGUAGAUGAUAAUUGUACAGUAGUUGCAAGAACAUAUUAAAAAAGGUAGACAUUAUUUAUUUGUGUGUAUACAACAUGGAUGCAUUGAAAAUUUGAUAUUUCACAAAGAAAUUUCAUUUGUGAAGUUUAUUUAUUUCUUAUUCACCUCUCUCUGGCUUUAAGUUGUCCCCCGUAAAAAAAAAAAAAAAAAUCUGCAUUUAAAAUAGAGUUUAGAGAAUCUUUACACAUUCCUUAGUGAGGGUCUCUAGUAAAAUGCUUACUACUUUCAUGAUGUUUUUAGCAUUUUGCUUUUCCAUUAUGCGGCUGAUGUAGUAGUUGUUUGUCUAUGUUACAUGAACUUAAUCUGUUGAAAUGUGACAAAUAGGAUGAUAGCCAGAGGAAUGAAACAGUACAGUUGCAUAUAGAGUAAGGGUUAUAAAAAAGUAACACGACAAUGAUUUAAAGUUUGUUCAGAUAACAGGAGUGGAGCGUGAGUACAGUAUGUUCAAGGAAUGCAGACUAUGAGUAGGAAGUAUGAAGUCUUCUUGAACUCAUUCUUUUCUCUUAACAUCCUUACUCUUAUAUAGGUAAUAAGACACAAGUUGAUAGACCGGCUAAUACUCCAACCUUGAUUUCCUAGAAAUAAAAUAAACAAAUAAUAUAUCUUGAGAACUGUCUGUUGAUUGGCAAUAAUUUUAGUAUAGCUGCUUUCUGGUAUUGGGAAAGUAAUGUGAUAAACCAAAGUAAACUGUUGAAAGUAUUGUACUGUACAGUACUUUACAUUAUGAAAUUUAAAUUGUUUUUAUUUAGUGUACAUAUUUUGUUUUUACCAAAGAGGGAAUUUUUUUUACAUUUAUUUGGCUUGAGUGGUUCCUUAUCGUGAUGUCAUAUUUCAUGCAAGACUUCUUCAUAAGUGCAUAAAGAAGAACUGAUUUUAUUAUUCAUUGUAAAAAUUAAUGAAUUGUAGUGAAAAAUCUCAUCAUGUAGAUAAAGUCAUUGUACUGUAUACAGUAAAAUGAAACUCUCAUGGAUGAGUUAUAGAAGAGCUUAUGCCAUGGCACAGGUCUCAUAGUUGUCUCUUGUUGUUGAUGUUACUGUAAUAGUUGUUUACCUUUCACCAUUCGUAUUUCAGUAAACAUUAUUAAAGAUACAGGGGACAACACCAAUGUACAGUCACGAACAAAAGUCUUGUCGCCUUUUCUGCUGCUCCACAAACCCCGAGAUUCUGACUUGUGCAUUUAAGCAUUUAUGGACAGAAUAAUGCAUCAGUGUCUAUUGCUUCGGGUUCACGAAUCUGAAUCCCGGGAUUUGUGGAGCAGCAGAAGAGGUGACAUGACUUUUGUUCGUGACUACAUUACAGGUGAACAACAAUAUUGUUUUUAGAGAGCACCUGUUGUUAGUUAUGAAAGAGGCUUUUACUUAAGGAGUAUUUUUAUAUUGGUUUUGGUUCUUAUUCCUAUAAUGUGGGUAUUACAUUGCUUAUGGAUAGAAGGUUACUUAUAUUGUUCAUCUCAAUUAUUAUAUAUUCAUUUCUCUAUCAUGAUGACUAUCUUUAAUGUGCAAUGGAAGCUGGAAGUCAUACACAUUGUGCUGACACAUGCAUAUAUACAGUAUACAGUAAAUUCCACCUAUUCUGCAAGGUUUCAUUCUUGUUUUGCUCAAAAUUAAAUUGGUGUAAUGGUCAGGAUCCCCAAAUAUUUCUCUAAAGUUGAGAUAAAUCCCCAAAUAAGGUUCUAUUUUCAUAUAAUAAAUAAAUUAAACCUGAAAAAUAUAUAAUUUAAGAAUAAACUUGCCUCCAAAAUUAUGAAAACCCUUCAAUAACUUGAGUAUGAAUGUAUGGGUGUUAUGACAGAACUAUGGCACCACUUCUGCUCACCCCUGGUCUGCCAUGUCAGGUUUACCUUUAUGUGAAUGACACAGUUCUUCACCACAAAAUCAUUGCUGUUUUCAAACAAAGUAAAUAAAACUCAAGUAUUGGAUGAUAGGUAAUAGAAAAUGGAAAUAUCUUAAGUGGAACUGAAACUACAAUCAAUACAUUAGGUUCUGACAAUCUCUGUGUGCUAAAUCAACAAGGGUUGGGGUUUUGAGCUAAUUUACUGGUGUGUAGUGUUGUAUUUAGCUCCCUCCAACAAACCAAUCAAAAGCAUUAAAUUUAAUUGAUAUACAGUAAGUUCUCGCUUAACGUCGGGGUUACGUUCCUGAAAACGCGACGUUAUACGAAACAACAUUAAGCGGAUCAAUUUUCUCCAUAAGAAAUAGAUAAAAUACGGGAGUUACGUUCCUGAGCCUCCCUUUGCCCUAUGAAAUACAUUACAUAUACAUAAAUUCAAAGCUCCUUGUGUGAUGCCUGGUGAGGUGUUUGUAUGUAUUACUAUAGUCACAAUCAUUGAGAUUUUAUAAGAGAAAAUUUUAAAACUCCUCUACAUGACAGAAAAUAAUAUGAAUCCAGACAUCAUAUAUUUUGCACAAGAGAUAAAAAAAUUUAGUUCCUUAAGUACUGUACAUGUUUUUUCAACUUAUUUUUCAGUAGAUAUAGUAACUUUCUUCAUUUACUCAUUUACUUGCACACACCAUCCUAAAUACAUAUUAUGAAAAAGGUAAAUGAAAUAUUUGUCCUAAGGGAGAGGGUGAUGUGCCGUAAAAAGUAGUUCUUAACGACGUAAACGACCGAGUCACCGGGAUGUUAAACGAAUUUUGGGUCUCUAAAGUUUAGCGACAUAGUACCGAAACAACGUUAAGCAGGCCAAUGUUAAGCGAGGACUAUACUGUAUACCUUUUAUUUAUUAUUGUCUGGGUUUUUCAAGUGCAGUAUAGGAAAAAUUGGUGAGAAAGUUCAAGAAAAUAGAAUAGUUUUCAUCAGAUGCUGUAAGUGAAGUAAUUAUUCACUAUUGCAUUAUUAAUCUUUAUUUCAGCAUCAUACCACAUUAUAUUUCUUAGUCAUGACUAUGUAUAAGAAGAAGUGUAGAUACUUGUAUCUAUAACAAUGUGUGCUGGAUUCAGUUUAUGGUUGUGAAUUAUGUACUAUUCAGCUAACUUUCAGGGUAUAAUCACUUUUUAAAUCAUUAUGAAGCUUGAAUUGGUUACUGCCAGUUGAUAUUAUAAUUUCUCCAUAAGAAACUUUGCAAUGUAUUUUAAAUAUUUUUCAGUGUACAGUGUCAUAAAAAAAAUUUCAAAUCUUGUUCCACAGUUCAAUGGGCUGUGAAUCAUUAUUUCACAAAUUACAAAUCUGCAGACUAAGCAGGAUGUGCUGUAGUCACUGAGAAAUUGUACAGUAUGUGGGUCUGUGAGAAUGAAUUUUUGUAUAAAAUAUGAGAGGUGCUUCUAUGUUGCUCUUUAUUUUGGUCAUCCUGCAAGAUCUGUAGGAAAGGCCUUGUAAAAGUUAAGAAACUAUUAUAGUACAGCUACAGUAUAUUGUUUCACACACAUGCACACUUCAAGUAGAGUGAAAAGACAAAAUUUCACCUCACAGUUCACUUAAGAUUUUGUUAAUUUUGCGUUGGGAACAGGCGGUUGUUUGGUUCCUGAAAGCUAAUUUCACGUAGAAAUAAUGUUACUACAGGGGUUGUUAGCUUCCAAAUCCCCUCCACACAGGCCUAGUUUUGCUAAGAUUUCACUUCCAAUCAAGGAAAUAAAGUAUUGUUCGUAAAUCCGAGGAAGCGUUUGUACAUAGCAAGUUGGGUUCUUGGAGGCUUAUUUGUAACAUUGUAGUGUUGUGGCCCAAAUGUUCAUUAUCCAGGGUGAUCCUGUAUAUUGCCGAAGACCCUACUUUCUGGUUGUAUUACCAAUUAUGUAAUAAUACAAAGGGUUGAGGCUCCCAUACAUACUGAAGAGUGAGCAUGAAAAGUACUGCACAGUGCAAUACUGUACUGUACUGUACUGUACUCUACUGUACUGUACAGUAUUGAAAAAAAGAGAGAUAUAUGAGAAAUAGUAUUUUUAAGAUUGUUUUAAUGCUAAAGAACAUUUAAUAGACCAUAAUAACCUUUAGAAGAUAAUUUUGAAGAUAAAUCGGUUAAUAUUCGUUUUUAUUCCAAUAGGUACAGUAUUUCAGAUUUUUUACCAUUUUCGCUAGGAUACUUUUUAGGUUUGGUUAAGUCAGGUCAGGUCAGGCAAAUUAAAAAACACCAAAAUACAGUACACUAGAAAAAUAAUAUCACAUACAGGGUACCAAUUGGGGAAAUUGAGGUAAAAACUAAUUUUUACCGAUAAAUUGAAUGAAAUUGUGUAACUUGGGGAGGUUGAAACCAUAAGCUGGAAUCUCUUUAGUUACUGUAUAGUCUUCACAUGGGAGGCUGAUAAGAUAUCAAAGGAAAAAGUACUUCCUUUAAUAAUUGGGGUAGAUGAUUUAUAUAUAAGUACAGUGUUUAUGUUCAUAUGAUUAUUUGACAAUACAUAAUACCCUUUAGAGACUUUGGUAACUGGUUCUUUGUAUUCAGGACCUUUAAAGAGUUCAUGAUUUUGGGGUGAGUAUUUUUUAUUCAUGUUCAUACUUAAACUGAUAUUGUAGUGUUGUGCUGUUAGACUGAACCUGCACUGUUUGUGUUGAAGUUUUGCACUUUAUUAACUCUUUUUGUCAGAACUUGGAUAACUUUUUCUAUGCUCUCUCAUCAUUAUUUUUUUAUUUUUUUACUGAACCUUAAAAUUAGUGAAUCAUAUAAUGUAGUGCACUCAUAUUUAGUGUUCAUUCUGGGUGUGUAGAAGAAAGCUCAUCUAAUAUGUUAUGAGUUCUCUUAAUACUUUUAAAAAAAAAUAGGAUGAAGUUGGUGCUGUUACUCUAUUGAUUAAGGACAACUCAGUAACACUAACUAAACAUACUGUCAAUAGGUGGGUGGUGCAUGUUACCUCUCACCAUUGACUUGGCUCACACCUUAUACAGUAUAAGGCACAGUAAAGAAGUCUGUACUGUACUUUAUUCACCUUAAAACAUGUUAUUGCUUCUGUAGUGUUAGAUAGGCUGUAAGGUUCAGGCUCGGAUAGGUAUGAAAAGAUGAAUUCAGUAAGCCCUUGUUAUUUGCGAGGAUUAGGUUCCAAGGAAUGGCGCAAAUAGGCAAAACCGCAAAUAGCAACUUGUACUACAUUAGUGCACUACUGUAUACCUGUAUCAAACAACCGACCAGCUGCAGCACCACUCAUCCCCUCCUUUAACUUGUCUAAUAAUUCAAUUUUCUUUGUCAGGAUCUUCACUGACUUCUGCCUUUUACAUUUCACUCCACUAGCAUCACUAGCACUGACACUAGGCAUUCUUUUAGGGGCCAUUUCACACAAAAACACUAAAUUUUGAGAGUACAACACGAGAUGCUGUGUGUGGUGACUCAUUGUGCUGUGGGAAAAAGUUUGCAAGCUAGCCACCAUCUGCGGUAAAGUUUUGAGAGUACAACACGAGAUGCUGUGUGUGGUGACUUGUUGUGCAGUGAGAAAAAGCUUGCAGGCUAGCCACCAUAGCCACCAUCUGCUUAUCGCGAAUCGCAAACCCGCAAAUGGGAAGGGUCUACUGUAUUUAAAUUAAAGGCUUCACUUAUAUUGUACAAGAUUGAAAAUUGACUUCGGACAUAGUCAUAUCAAAUAUAUACUGUACAUUACUUGAGAAAACUGCAUAAAGAGGAGUGUUGACAGAUGUGGAAAUAUAUGCAGGGGCAUUUAUUUAUAAUAUAAGGAUUGUUAUGUUUAGUGACAUGUAAAUUUCAUUUGUGUACAAAAGUUAAUUUGAAUCACUUCCAGUUGUGUUGAUAUACCUGUACUCUACAUUACGGUACUUUUUAUUUUGUAUGUUCUUUUGAUGGUACAUUACUGAUUAUGAUGAAAUUAUCAUAAGGAGAAGACAUACAGUCAUUUAAAAGUUGAUCCUGAUACAUUUUAAUUUGUUUUAAUUUGGUGAUGCCAUCACUGAAUCCUUAAGCACAAGAAUGUUCUAGUGAUUUAACAUUUCUCUGUGUUAUUGAAUGUAAAAGUGAUAGAAUUUAAUGUCAGGGGAUUGAUAUUUUUCACCCCAAAUCAUUUGUUUUCUUUUAAGAAAUGUAAUUUUUUUUUUU